UUGUACUGUAUUCCGUAAAAUUACUCUGUUUACCCUGUCCCUCUCUAAACUGACUUGUUUUUACAUGGCAGAUUUGGAAGAAGAAUGAUGGAGGCAUUAGAAAGUGAGUUGACCUGUCCUGUGUGUCUGGAGUUGUACAAUACACCCCUACUCCUGCCUUGUCUACACAACCUGUGUCAGAGAUGUGCAGAGGAAAUUCUACUCUCCGCGCAGAAAAAGGGCAAAAAGGCCACCGAACCAGAGACUUCAAUUCCUCAAGCGUCAGAGACUCAAACAGAAGCUGAGGAUGACAUUUUGGAGGAAGAUGUGGAUACAGAUUCCUUAGAGCCGGAUGGGGAAGAAGAAAACGUUGAGUUUGUUGAAUCAGAUGAAGAUAAAACUGAAGAUGACGUAGUAGAGCCAACAGCUGAAGCCACAACUACAACUGAAACAGCAAGUGCACCUGUAACAACAAGUGCACCUGUAACAACAAAUGCAUCUGGAGCAACAAGCGCGCCUGAAGGAAGAAAUGCACCUGAAACAACAACUGCACCUGAAACAACAAGUGCACCUGAAGCAACAACAGCACCUGAAACAACAACUGCACCUGAAAGGGAAGAAGAAACAGAGGCAGAGGUUGAAUCCACAGAUGAACCAACAGACGAAGAAAACCCUCAAGACUGUGACCUGGACACCCCUGCACCUGACAGAGAAAUCGCUCAGACAGCUGAACUGGAAAGUGAUUCAGCUGAAGGAGCCAGUCCAGCCAGCUCACCUGACACGGACAAUGGGAACAAAACUCCCACCAGUCAGGACAUCGAAGACAUCAAAACAAACAUCGCAGAAUCUCAAGAAUACCUAAAAGCGGCCUUGAAGUUUUAUGAAAACGGCGAAGAACUUCCAGUUGAAGAAGCAGCUAAAAAAGCUGCUGCCUUGACGGUGGAUGACAAAGAUUUCGAUGAAGGCAUCCAAGAGGAAGAAGCAACCGAAGAUGCUGUUUUGGAAGAUUUUAGAAGUGAUGAGGAGGAUGAUGAUGAUGUAGAGCCUACAAGUUUCCCCUGUCCAACAUGUAGAAAAGACGUGGAGUUUGAGUCAGGCAGAGGACUGGAAAGUCUGCGUAGGAACAUCACACUGGAGAACAUCAUUGAAAGGUAUCGAGAUCUGGCCAAGGGCACCAAACCGUCGCCUGUGCUGUGUGAUGUGUGUGAUGCGGACCCCCCUCCCACAGCUACGAAAACCUGCCUGACAUGUCAGAUCUCCUACUGUGACAACUGUGUGAGGACCACUCAUCCCAGCAACAAGAAGGCUUUCACCAGGCACAAGCUGGUAGAACCACAACAGGCCAAACGAAAGGUCCUGACUUGUCCUGACCACGAGGAUGAGAAGUUGAACAUGUUCUGUUGUGUGGAUGAGAUGCCCAUCUGUGCCCUGUGUAAACUGGUGGGCAAACACAGCGAACACAAGGUGGCAGCUCUUGCACAGAUGUACAGGCAGAAAAAGGAAUCAGUGGCCAACAGUGUGUCCAGACUGGAACAGGAGUUACAGGAACUGGGUGUGUUUGUGACCAAAGUCAAACAGACCAUCACUGAACUAGAGAGGAACAGCGAUGGUCUGAAGUCUCAUCUCUCGUCAGCGAUCGAGGAACUUUGCAGAAACUUACAGAACAGGAGAGACGCCAUGCUGAGGGAGGUGGAACAGGAGAAGGAGGUACAACUGGAGCUGCUGCAGGUAGAACUGGCCACCCACGAGGACCAGGUGAAGAAGAUGGACGCCCUCAUGAUGUACGCUAAUGAAGCACUCAAGGAAGAGGACCAUGCCAGCUUCCUACAGGUACAUCCAGCUGAAGGAUCGAAAGAAUGGAGUAAAUAA